GUAAGUGUAAAGGUCAUGUGGUGACCUGUUGAACUUUGACCUUUACAAGGGCUUGUUGACAACUAUGGCGUUCGGCACUUGGUUUCUCGGUCUCUUCCCUUUCAAUGUGUACACUUUUCUUGUGUUCUGUGUGGCCUUCUUGUUGACGCAUCUGUUUGUGAACCGUCUGCGGGAUUUCCCGCCCUCCCCGGCGGGCGGUUUGCCGUUGCUGGGGCACCUUCUGUCUCUGGGCGCGCGGCCGCACCUCAAGCUGACGGAGUGGAGGGGACAGUACGGGGACGUGUACAGCAUCAGGAUGGGGCUGGACAGGGCGGUGGUUCUGAGCGGGUACAGGGUGAUCAGGGAGGCGCUGGUAGACUGCCGGGAUAUGUUUUCCAGCAGGCCAGAUCUUUACCUGCCCAACGCCGUAUCUGGAUGCGGAAAAGAUAUCGUCAUGGCGAGGUGGGGCCAGGCCUACAGAGAGAGACGACGGUUCGCCAGCAGCGUGCUGAAGACUCUGGGUAUGAAGGAAGGAACCGGAAGUGCCGAGGACGUCAUCAGACAGCAAGCUCACAAACUCUGUCAUACGAUUUCCGCGAAAAAUUCUCAACCCUUCGACUUGCUAAGCGAUUUGAACAACGCGGUUUCAAACGUCGUCUGCGCGCUCGUGUUCGGGCAACAGUUCUGUUCCGAUGACGAAAGAGUCCGAGCCCUUUGCGAAGGUGUGGUGCAGGGGUCAGCCAGGGUCAGCACAGCGCAGGCCUUCAACGUCUUCCCUUUCCUCCGGUUUGUACCUGGAUUAAACAAGGCUUGUACGGAAGUGUUAGCCGACAUCAAAAAGAUCGAGGACUUCAUCUGGGAACAGAUAGAGGAACAUCGCCAGCGCCUUGUCCUUGACCCGGAAAACCCACAGGACUUCUUAGACAUGUGCCUGUUAGAACUUCAAGGUCACGACAGGGUUCAAGGACUGACAGAAGAAAACGUCAUGUACAUCGUGUUGAACCUGUUUUUGGCGGGAACGGAGACCACGACCACGACGUUACGCUGGGUAAUACUGUACAUGAUCCUGAACCCAGAUAUACAGAAUCGGGUUCAAGAAGAGGUGGACAGCGUUGUUGGGAAGAGCGGGGCCCCGCCAACCCUGGCCCAGCGACCCCGGCUGCCCUACACGGAGGCAGCGCUGAGGGAAACCCAGAGGAUCCGCAACAUCACUCCGCUCAACCUGCCGCAUGCCACCGCGGUAGACACCGCCUUCAGGGGGUACCGUAUCCCCGCUGGAACACAGGUGAUAACAAACCUGUGGUCGGCACACAUGGAUCCGGAGUUCUGGCCUGAUCCGGAACGAUUCAAUCCGGACAGGCACCUGGACCGGGACGGGAAGCUCAUCAAGAAUCCGGAAUCCUUUAUGCCCUUUUCAGUUGGUCGCCGAAUGUGCUUGGGCGAGCGUCUGGCCAAGAUGGAACUGUUCCUGUUCUUCACGGCCAUGAUGCAGCAGUUCUCCUUUGUGUCGCCAGAGGGCUCUGCAACACCGUCUACGGACGGCGUAUUUGGCAUUACGUUGUCGCCAAAGUCGUACCGACUUUGUGCUGUAGCCAGAUGAUUGGGACCUAUCACCCCCUCCACCCCCCACGCACACACACACAAAUCAGAAACAUUCUAAAACAUUAUGCCUAUGUAAACAUGUAUGUUUGUAUUUUUCGUCGUCUCUGUAUUUUAUAUUUCUACAUGAAUUUAUAGACUUUAUAAC